AUGCAAGAAGGAUCUACAGAAGAGCUCCACAGCAGCCAACCAUGUGAGAGCAAACUAAACGAGCAUGCUGGACCACUGGUUAACAGAAGCAGAAAGACAAUGGUAACAGGAGGUGGAGGCUACCUGGGAUACAAUCUGGGAUGUGCUCUUGUUAGGUCAGGAAUUGCUGUUGUUCUGUUUGAUGUACGGAAACCUAAAUGGGAAAUUCCAAAUGGAGCAUAUUUUUUCAAGGGUGAUGUGAGGGAUUAUGAUGCAGUGUUCAAAGCAUGUGAACGGGUUGACUGUGUUUUUCAUGUGGCUGCAUGUGGAAUGUCAGGAUUAGAACAACUUCAAAAGAAAGACCAGAUUGAAUCCAUAAAUGUCGGAGGCACAAAAAUAAUAAUUGAUGUCUGCAAACAAAGAAAUAUCCCUAGACUGAUAUAUACCAGUACAGUGAAUGUGGUAUUUGGAGGGAAUCCUAUUGAAGAAGGAGAUGAAGAAACUGUGCCGUAUUUUCCACUGGAAAAGCAAUUUAAUCAUUAUUCUAGAACAAAGGCAAUUGCAGACCAAAUGGUUCUUGCUGCUAAUGGAACUUUACUCGAAGGAGGUGACAGGCUCCAUACUUGUGUGCUUCGUCCACCAGGCAUAUAUGGACCAGAAGAGCAGCGCCACCUGCCACGAGUAGCCGUAAAUAUCCAGCGGAGGCUAUUUAACUUCAAGUUUGGGAAUCACAAAGUUCAGAUGAACUGGGUUCACAUAGGAAAUCUAGUACAAGCUCACUUACUAGCUGCUGAGGCUCUCACCUCUAAGAAGGGUUAUGUAGCUAGUGGUCAGGCGUAUUACAUACAUGAUGGUGAAAACGUCAUAUUUUCCGAAUGGAUAGUCCCUUUAUUUGAAAAAUUAGGCUACAGGAAACCCUACAUACAUAUUCCUGUUCUUCUGGUUCAUAUAGCAGCCACUGUGAUGGAGUAUCUGCACCUGAUACUAAAGCCAGUUUUUAGCUUUACACCUUUCUUGACAAGGAAUGAGGUGUGGAAUGUUACUGUAACUCACACUUUCCGAAUAGACAAGGCACGAAAUCAGCUCGGUUACAAACCCAAGAAAUUCUCAUUCGCUGACUCUGUGGAUCAUUAUCUGAAAACAAGACCUACUUGCCAAGAAGAUCACACGCUCCUUAAAAUGGUGUUUGCUUUUGGCAUUUUGUUAAGUUUGAUCAUUCUUUCUUUCUUCUAA